AUACAUUGCCGACGCCAUGACUCCGAUGAAGACUCCAGUGAAGAUGAUUCAUCGAAACCUCUGUUACCACUGCCCAGCAAGUAUGCCAUUGAACAGAUCGGAGCUAAAUUCCUAGAUGCUCUUAUCAAAAAAGGUCAGAUGGAGAUGGCUAAAGGAGCGUUUAAAACGCAACUCGAAGUACUGGAGAAAGUACAUCCUGAACAGUACGAAAAAUACAAAAAGCUUAAAGUGGAAGAUCUCGCUGCUGAUGCUGUACUACAACAAGCCGAAGUUGCCAAACUCCAACCCAAAACUGGCAAUCCCUUUGUUGAUAUGCUGAACGAGAACGGAAUACCCAUUGCUAGCAGUCUAAAAGGACUUGAACAAGCCAUUAAAACCCAAAAGGAAAUGGAGACUCAAGAUCCUUCAGAACAGAUCGCAAAGGCGGUCCUGGAGAAGUUCCAAACCCAAAUUCUACCUGGCCUGGUAGCAAACAUGAUAGCAGGGAGAAAUCCCUUUAAAAUCCCUCAACAAAUGCGAUCACCACAGCCACAGCCGGUGGAGGUCCGAAAAAUGGCUCUGGUAUGGGUAAUUCAGUGGCUACCAAACUAUUACAUUUCCAACAUAAUGAUUAAGAACCCUGAGGUGGCAUCAGCUCUCACCUAUAGAAGACUUCGAGACGAACCGAUCCAGAGUGGAAGAAGCCUAGCCGGCGACAAUGACGUUGACUAUCCAAAGCUCGAUACCAAAUCGUCACUCGUGCUGGGAUUACAUGAGAUCUUCCAAGAUGAUGAGGACGACGACAAAAAUAAGGAAGACACUGAAGAUAAUCAUAUACGACGAUCACCACUCUCACUAUCACCAGCCUUUGCUGAAUCACUGAAAAGUAACGCGGAAGUGAGAGAAGCUUUGGAAAAGCUCACGUACCGGGUCGAUGAUGUCGAACGUUAUCUUAAACCGAAGCCACUGAUAAAGAACCCGAAUCCGCAGCCGGGAUUCUUUGUGCCUAGAAGGCUUCCACAGAGACCCCGGAAAAUGUUACCACUGAUAGUGGGAAUCGAUCCAGAAGAAGAAAAAGAAGAAAUUCGUCGUUCAGGUGAUAGUUAUCCAUCAGGAUUUAUCAACAGAAAAUCAAGGGUAAGAUUGUCAGUGCCAAGGUAUGCAGUUGUAGAUAUCUUACAGUAUUCGGAUUGUAUUCAGAUCAUCGAAGAACGACCGAUUCCACCUCUUGACUGGACACCGAAAGGUCGUCACACUCGAUUACGAUGGGUCGGGGCCACAGAGAAAGAAAUUCCCGGGAUCGGCGGGCGAUUUAUUCUACCCUCCUUGGAUCCCACUAAGCCAGCUGUCAACACCGCAUAUUCAACUCAAGGAAGAGCAAGAGACGAGUGGGACACAAUGUUCAAAAUCCCAAACAACUGGGAAGCCGGUGAUGAUGUAGGAUUCUCGAUGAACACUAAGAGUAAGCGAUUCGUCGGUGGUAAUGGAGGAUUUGACAUGCCCGCUGCUCAUCUUUGA